AUGCAGGCACCUCCACCAAAAUCCAAGGCUCGAAGACGCCCGUUCCUCAUCGCCUCUUGUACCAUCUUCCUAGCGGGUCUCUUUGCGAUCAGCACGUAUGGCGACAAUCCAGCACCGGGGCGGAUGUCGUGGACUCUGUCGUUUGGGCCGGAUGUGGUGGUCGAGAAGGGGAGUCAUACUGGGCCUAGAGCGGACGCCAUGACCAUGGCUUUCGCAGGGGUCGGCGAACCGCCCGAGCUCAAUAUCUCUUCCUCUGACCAAGGCACCUACACCCACUUCCCGCCUCAAUCAGUCUGCGCCUUCGUCUCAGAUGAUCGCUCGUUCAUCGCCCCAUCCGACCUUGGCUUAGACGACGUCACCUUCCUCCGCACCCGUCUUCCUGCCCUCUCGGAAGCGCGCAGCGUCGCCUUCUACCUCAACAUGCUAUGGACGAUUCGACACCAGCAGCGCCUGAUCCGACUUACGGCGGUGCAGAAGCCGGGAUGGCAUGGGAGUUGGGCGAAGCAUGAGAAUAUGCUCAAGAUGGCCGAGGAUGAUAGCUGCAAGAUAAAAGCUGAUGUAUCAGUGGCUGAUAUACCUGGAUACGGAUGUCUGCAAGUCCGCAAUCUGACCGAUAUCCGACAACAAGAAUACUCCUUCCAUGACCUCCGGAGGCGAUGGGGCAUCCACGACGAUAUACUCUUUGCGGUAUCGGAGGACGCCUAUCCAGAGAGUUCAGGACGGUACAAUGCGGGCUUCCUCAUCAUGCAAAACAAGCCCGAAUUGAAGGGGAUCAUCCAAAAAUGGCUCACAUGUCCGGACGAGAUCCCUGGAUGCGCAAAGUACAAGACGGUAUGGAUGCACGACCAAGGCGCUAUGAAUGACUACAUCAUCCCGGAGCUGGAAGAGCGCGGUCUAGUCCGGGCCCUGCCAUGUGACGAGGCCACUGGGAGCACCGAGCAUGCCUCAAACCCGCAGACCAAUAGUCUCUUCAAGAAUGGGAAGCGGUGCCGGGGGACUAUCGUGACGCAUGCUUGGUGGCACGGCAAGAAUCAUCUUCUGGAAGAGGCUGUCCAAUUGCUUGCCUAUAAUCUGCUGCUAGUGCUCGAGGACGCAAUGGACCCGGCGUGGAUCUAG